CAUAACACCAUAAUUUCAUUUUACUGACAUGCCGUGAUUCAUCUAUCUAGUGCUCCAUUGAUAAAUGUUUGGAUUGUCCCCAGCGUUUUCACCAGGAGGAGGAUGCAGCCACGAAUACACGUGUACUUGUCCUUGGAAACGAAAGCAUGGAAAUUAAGAAACAAAUUACAGGAAUGAGAAGAUUCCUCAACGACAGCACCGGGAGGAUCUAUCAGCGUGUCGGCAAGGAAGGAGAAAAACUGAAAGAAGAGCCCCAGGAUUUGGAUUCAGUCUGGCCUCCGCAUUUGAACUCCACUGCUGAGGCCCCGCAGAGCCUCCAGCCUCCUUCACGUGGUGCGUGGAAUGAGUUACCACCCUCCAGCGGGCAGUUCUCAGGGCAGUAUGGCACCCGCUCUAGAACCUUCCAGAGUCAGCCCCACACCACCGGGAGCUCUAACGGAGAACUUCCGGCAGUGAAUCCGUCAGGUGGAGCAAACUGCUGCACUUGUAACUGCCAGUCAACGUUGCAGGCCAUCCUCCAGGAACUCAGGACCAUGCGGAAAUUAAUGCAAAUCCAAGCAGCUGGAGCCCAAAACAGACAACAACCCCCGAUUUCCCUUAUAUGCGCCCAGCGAACCGCUGUCUCACGCAAGAGAAAUAAAAAGAAAAAAGUGCCCUCAAAGACUGUUGAGCCUCUGCCCGUGAAACAGAAGGCCGGCGCGUUAGGACCCGAGAAGACAGCAGUGGCCUCUGAGCAGUCCGGUCCCCCGGCGGCCGAGCACCCGUGCCCUGGGGACAGCCGCGUCCUGGGAUUCGGCAUUGUCCUGGAAUCGCCCGCCUCAGAUCCAGAAGUGCAACUUGCUGAAGGCUUUGAUGUGUUCAUGCCUAAGUCACAGCUGGAUUCUAUCCUGUCAAACUACACUCGCUCAGGAAGCCUUCUGUUUAGAAAGCUGGUGUGCGCGUUUUUCGACGACAAGACGUUGGCUAACUCCUUACCCAACGGGAAGAGGAAAAGAGGACUCAAUGACAACCGGAAAGGACUAGACCAAAAUAUUGUGGGUGCAAUAAAAGUCUUCACAGAAAAAUACUGUACCGCUAAUCAUGUGGAUAAACUUCCUGGCCCGAGAGACUGGGUACAGAUCCUGCAGGAUCAAAUUAAACUGGCCCGAAGAAGGUUAAAAAGAGGCUCAGCAGAGGUAGCGGACGGUGACGAGAGACUGGACGGCAUUUCUCUACCACCAACAGAUGGAGGCAGAGAGAUGUUUCAGAUGAGGAAGUGGCACACAGGAUGGUAGAACUACCUCAUGGAGCUGAAGAGAAUGUCAAGGAAUCUGAGAAAGAAGGAGCGUUAGAGAUCAUCUAGUCCCAUCCCUUCUUUUUAUCCAGUCCUUUUAUUUUACAGGUAAAAAAGCCUGAGGCCCAGAAACACUAAAUGACUUCCUCCAGGUCUCACAGCUGGCUGGUGGCCUGGCCGGAGCCCGGCCUCUGGACCCGCAGCCACCACACCGCGUAGCUUUCUUAUUCCUAAGCCAAAGCCAGCUUUCCUGUGCAUGUUUCCUAAAGAUCCUAAGAGCUGAUGGACGUGCUAAUCCCUUUAGGAUUCCGUUCCAGUGUCUGUCUUCAAUAUUAGAAUGUCCGUCGAUAAGUCUACCCGAAAUCCUCCUGUCGUUUCAACUCAGUCACUGGAGUUCUUUCUCAAAUCUUGCCCAAGGCCGUGACGCCCUAGCGAAGCCGGUCGGAGGCCGCAGGUCUCUCCCCUAGGCUGCUGAUACUUGAUACAAAUCCCUAAGCAGCAUGAGACACCGCACGGCUUAUGACUCAGAGGAGGGGGGAAGCAGCUGCCGACUGGGGCUCCGAUGUCGCCGUUGAAAUCAGAGCCUCUUGCACGUCGCUUUGGGCCCUCAAGUAAAAUCCCAGGUCCGGGCAGCGUCACUGAACACAGCGCCGCUCCUGACCCCUCCCUUCCGUGUGUCCCCGUGAGGCGGCCCAGAGGCGAAGUGCACCUUUCUUGUACAGGCGACUCACUGGUGACCACGUCCUUCCCUGGGUUAGCUGAGCUGGCAACAGGUGGUCCUAUCUCUAAAGACUGAGCCACAACUUUAUUACCCUCUUAAGGUCUUUUUCCGCUUUCCAAAUCCAUGUGUGCUGGGGAGAGGCAGGAGAGGGGCGUAAAUCCUUAAGUGUUUCUGACCUGACGCCCAGGACUGAGCAGGUCAGGGUGCCAUUCGGUCCAGGGACAUCCGCUCUCAUCCACUCCAUUCAAGUAGCCUCUGUCUAGCUCCUUGCAAGAGCACGGACGGCUUCUUCAGCAGAAAAACGUAGUUUCCUAAUUUUCUGCCCCUCACAACCCUGCCGGGAAGGGCGUCUGGGCAGCUCCCAGGAAUCCGCACCGCUCGGUCCUGUGCACCGGUGCCUGUGCUCGGGGAGCCCGUGCUGUGCCAGGCAGGCCGGACCCCGGGUGUGGACGGCGCUCUGGCGACCACGGAGCACCUGGGACUGACUGGGGAGCACUUUGUAAAGAGCAAGGAAAAUCCCAACAGUGCUUUCUAAAGUUUACAAAGGAGGCUUCUUGUUUUGAAAUAGGGUAGCGCCAGCUGGCCACCCCCUCCCAGGGCUGAGCAGUUUUUGUCACAAAUUGGCAGUCUUUUACGUACUUUUAAACAAGUAACAAAAGUACAAGGAAGAAAAUAAAAAUCAAUUUUACCAGUCA